CUGGCCGCCAACCCGAGCCGCCAGCUGCGGUUUCAUGUUGCCUGCCGCCUGUGCCUGCACUUUGCUGCAAGCUCACCACCGUGAAUGUUUCCGCUCAUUGAUGGCCAAUGUCGGGGGGUUGGGAGGAAAUACCUUCGCGGCCCGGAGUAGCCACCGCUUCUCUUUUGUCUCGUAGCCAAGAAUGAGCAAAAGGCGAAAGCUUCAACUCUGACCUUUUCUUCUGGCGUGCGAUUGGCGUUGGAUGCCAUUGCGAUUGCCAUGGGAAAAUGGCCAGCGACCUCAAUGCAGGCACGGCCAACUCGGCCCUCGAUGAGCGCCGGGCUUUGGACCCGGACCCGAAAAAGAUCAACGAGAUCCCCAACAUCCUCCCGCACGAGCGCGUUUUCCCAAUCCAGAUCGGCUCCGAGCUGUUCAAACUGUCCGGCGCGUCAAUCUCGUCCGAUGCGCCCUCGUACUUCUCGCAGUACUUCAAGUGCCAGAUAAAACAGGCAGAAGACAAUGGCCUGGACAUCAGCAAUGCCAUCCGCACCUUGUAUAUCGAUCGCGACCCGGUCACAUUCAGGGACAUCUCCCUGCACCUCCAGGGAUACCAUAUCCAGCCGCGCGACGCGACGCACUUUGUGCGCCUGUUCGCUGAUGCUCAGUUCUACCAUCUCCCCAAGCUCGUGUCGCAGCUGUACGAGGAAUCCAUCUUCACCACCGUCGGCGGCCAGGAAUUCCGCGUGCCGCGCGACGUGUUCGCCUCGCCGGGCAACACGCCCAACUACUUCACCCUCGGCUUCGCCGCCUUCUUCACCCGCCCGGACGACCUCUUCCCGGGGCUCGACCGCGAGGGCCUGCUGCGGCCGCCCUCCAUCGUCCCGCCGUCCGUGCCCGGCCGCAGCGCCAGCACCUUCGCCGAGCUGCUGCACCUGCUGCGCGGCUACCCCGUCGCCAUCCGCAGCGAGGCCCACCGCGCCGAGCUGCUGCGCGACUGUCGCUACUUCAACUUCAAGGGCCUCGAGCAGCGCCUAAUCCCCCACGCCGUGUCCUUCAACCUCGCCCGCGGCCGCGACGAGAUCGUGCUGCGCCUGCGCGACAUCCUCAAGAGCGGCAUCUCCGUGGCCAGCGAGCCGACCGCGGCCGACCCGUUUGCCGGCUGGGUCAACUACGCGCGGCCGUACGUCGACGAGCGCGCCUACGAGCUCGUGCUGGAGAUCGGCGACGAGAGCACGCGCCUGCGCUUCCCGGCCGGGUUCGCGCCCGGCGCGGACGGCUCGGUGAACGCGCGGGCCGAGUUCUUUGGCGAGACGCGGACCCGCGUCGCCAAGAUGCUCGAGGUGAUCGCGACCAAGCUGAAUCUGCCGGCGCGGACUCAGCAGCCGGUGGGCUUCGCGGUGGCGCAGGCCGGCGUCACCACCGCGUCGCCUACACCCGGGUCGACGCCGCUUAGCGAGGACCUGGUCAAGGCCGUGCUGGACCCGGAGGCGAGUAUCGUGCUGGAUGGCAGGCCGUGGGCCCCCGCUGUUGGGGAGGACGAGUUCUUGUUUGGCACGCACAUGUCGGUGGGCGACACCACCUUUGUGUCCAGGAAGCGGAGAAGGGUGGACGGGCAGAGCGGCACGACGGAGGACUGGAUUGUUCGGACAGGCCAGUGGCGCUUGAGGAUUCAGGGCAGCAGAACCGGCAAGGCGGUGGUCGAGUGCUGCCUGGUGGCCGUCAAGCUGGAUGCGUACAGCUCGGAACAGGCACGGAACGCACAGCGGCCGUUUCUUAGCGGCUAGCGUGUCCGUCGGGUUGGCCCGAUCGCGAUUUGAAACAUGUCGAAGGCCUGUUUUUGUCAAUGAAUUGCUUGGUUGAUAUCCAAGGAACGGUCAACAUUCUUGAUCAAAGAC